GCAACCAACUCCGGUGGCCACUCUGGCGACCAGCAGGAGCAGCUUCAAGCCUUCAACACAAGACCAACAGUUGAAGUUACCGGUCACAAGGCCCAUGGUGCUGUUCCUGAGCCUGGCUCUGUUGUCAUUGCCCGAGCGGACAAACUUGUUGAAGAGCUAGGAGUCAAAGCUGAUUACGCCACUCGUUCUUCUCCCUCCCCUCGCCCCAAUAGAUACCUUAUUCCAGCU